CUGGCACCAGGUCAUAAUUCUAACACCUCAUAAUGACGCAGAAUGUUAUUGGGCUACAUUAAGAUUGGUGAAGUGUCUAAGCGUGAACGGAAUAGCUUCAGCAGUAAAUGUCGAAGAGAAAGCUAGUACGAGUUCGUCCCUAGGCAUUGUAAUCCUUGCGCCAUCACUUCGAGGGAUCGCUAUCAAAAGUUUUACUUCUGUAAUAAACCAGUUGAACCAAUGGGAAAUGAAUAUGCCCUCGUAUGACUGGUUGGUGAUGGCCAGAUCAGUGGAUGAUUUCAAAAUAAUAAGUCAUAUUUUAAAUGCAACUGCUCUGCGAUUUGAUCAGAAUAUUGUCUUGGGUAUAACGGAUGAGCGACGAACGAAAAAUUUUGGUCCUUGUGAACGCAACUUUAUUUACAACAAAAAUAUUGGAACGUGGAAAAAUUAUAACAAUCAGAUUAACUCUUCACGAGUUAACAAUAUUUUUUACAAUUCUGAUUUAGACGAUGAAAAUUCUUUUUACAACAGAAAAACGGAAUCUAAGAGAAAUUAUUACCGAACGUCACAAAGAUUCGAAAGCAUUUCGAGACAUCGAAAUUACCAGGUCCUUGAAAAAACUUGGCCGUUGUUACGAUCGGGAAUUCUAAAUUACAAUUUUUCAAGAAAUUUCGAAGUUAUUAAUGCUAGUCGUUUUAAUUUGAAAAGUAUUAUAAGAGAGUGGAGCAAUUCAACUAACUACAAUAAAACAGUUUUCGUUGUCUACCUUGUACAGUGUUUCAAAGUACGCAUUAAUUCCACACUUUAUGUUAAAUAUUUAGGUGCAUGGAGUACAGCGCGAUCUAUGUCUUUAGUGGAUAUUCCAUACCCAGUAGAAGCACGUAGUUUCAUGGGCGAGAAGUUUAUAAUUGGAAGGUGCAACUCCUCUGCAGAAGGGUCGACUGCGCUAGACGACGAUGGUCCUUCUGCGCCUGAGUUGCUGAAUGACAUUCUUCAAUUUCUCGCUUUGAGACUAAACGCUACGCCUGUCACACGUUAUUAUGGCAAACUUGGGUUCCGUACAUACGAAGGCGCUUGGACUGGUCUUCUCGGAGCUUUGAUGGAUCACUCCGUGGACAUGGCGCUAGAGCCCGUCACAGCGAUAGCUCCACGUCAUAAGGAUAUGGAUUUCAUAUUUCCUAUAGCUGAUACUAUGUGUAACAUUUAUAUUCGUCAUCAGGAGACUUCUGCAGUUCGCGAUAUAUUUUUAGCACCAUUUAGCUCAAAACUAAUAGCUUAUGUAGCCUGCAUGGCCCUCGUGGCCGCUGUCGCAAUUGUUAUUAUAAGCAGAAACACAUUGUCCAUAUCUUCAGUAGAUACGAGACGCAUGAGUUGCAUAGAGGGCGUUAUUUGGUCUACCGGAAUUCUUUGUCAACAAGGUGGUACGUGGACACCUCAGAAUCCGGCUGCCAGUAUUGUUCUUAUAGUAUGCCUAUUCUUUGCUCUGGUAACCUACAAUGCAUAUGCAGCCUUUAUAACCUCUGUGUUAUCCGUUCGAGUAGCCAGUGUGGGUUCCCUUUCUGAUGUGUUGCAGUCAAACAUGAAGAUUGGAUAUGUACGGAAUGGUGCUGACCAAAUGUACUUAAUGUCAACAAAAGACGUGCAGCUCAAUGCUUUCUACAUCCGCGGUUAUUCUGAAGCAGAAAACUUAGUAUCUUCGGCAGAAGAGGGGCUAGUGAGAGCUGCGAGGCAGGAUUACGCCUUUUUCGCUGGUCAAAGAGUAGCCAGAUCUACUCUCAGGUCUCUCAGCCAAGCCCGCGGCCGCUGUGACCUGCGCGAGUUGCCCGUGCAAUCCACGCGCGCUCAGCUCGCGUUUCCUCUGCCUUCGCGAUCUCCGUACGCUCGACCCAUCCUCAUGAGUCUUUUACAGUUACGUAGUGGCGCUGUGCUGUCGCGGUUGGAAGCGGCGCUGGUGCCGGCCAUGCCGCAGUGUACUCCGCCGUCGGGCUUCGCUUCCGCCCGGGCCGCUGACGUCAGGACUGCGCUCUUUGUCAUCCUGGCGGGACUGCUCGCCGGCUUGUUGCUCGGAGUUGCCGAGUAUGCGUGGAAAAAUAGAAGCAAAUACAGCCGUACUUUGAAGAAGCCAUUUCAACGUCUUUUUUUUAUUAAAUAAGUAAUUUA